CCCGCCGGCGCCCCAUUCCACACGUGCAGCGUGUCUGGAAAUAGCGAUAACAAACCAAGAUGGAGAGAGAAUCACAAACAGUAAGUGAGCAGUUCUGACGAUUUUUACCUGAGCCGGGAUAGUCUCCCCUGAAACCGAUAUGUCGGAUAUCUUAGAGAUAUCCUGAUAUCUAAGGAGCGAUGUUGGGUGCUGUUGAUACCCUCCCCCGGGCAGUGACCUCGUGCCGGUGUCGAUAUCUGUUCGUCUGUUUGCUGGCAUUCGUCGUCACGCAGCUGCUGAUUUUUGGCGCCAUGUUUAACCGGAAGUGUCCGUAUGUCUCUUGGUUAUGGCGGGGGUGUUCCACAAAGAAGCCCCUGUGUCCCCUGAUUUCACCUCACCUCGUUGGUGGAGUGGAGGUUGAGACGUCAGUCCCCGCCUGGCAGACGAUCGAAGAUAACUACCCCAUGCUACAAAAUGGCGGCCGCUACCAGCCGCCCGACUGCGAGGCUCGCCACAGGGUGGCGCUGAUCAUACCCUUCCGAGACCGCGACAUUCACCUCAAAAUUUUCCUGAAUAACAUUCACUCUUUCUUGAUGAGGCAGCAACUCGAUUAUGGAAUAUUUGUCAUUGAUUUAGAGGAGAGUAUCCCGUUCAACAGAGCGCUACUGUUGAAUGUCGGGUUCCUGGAGGCGAGCAAGGUCCACGACUACCAGUGUUUUGUCUUCCACGAUGUCGACCUAAUUCCUGAGAAUGACCACAAUACCUACUCGUGUCCGGAGCAGCCCAGACACAUGUCUGUGGCCAUCGACAAAAUGAAUUACAGACUGCCGUACACGACCAUAUUUGGGGGCGUGUCAGCGAUGACCAAGGAACAGAUGCUGACGGUGAACGGGUACCCCAACAAGUUCUUUGGCUGGGGAGGGGAGGACGACGAAAUGUACAACAGGAUAAAGUACCACAACCUGACCAUCAGCCGGUACACGGGGGACGUGGCCCGCUACAAGAUGCUGGCCCACCGCCGGAAUCAGGAGAAUCCCCGGAGAUUUGAUCUGAUUAAGUCAGAAAAGAGACAGAACCACAGCGACGGACUCAGAUCACUGGAGUACCGGGUCAUUAGCCGAGUCCAGAGGCGGCUCUUCACGUACAUCCGGGUCUCUGUGGACCAGAAACAGCUCGCUAGUAGAUGAAACAAUGGCGGCGAAUCUUCUUGGCUUACACCUGAAGCCUAGCGGAAGCGGAAGUACAUGUAUCUUGGUAUCCCCACCUUUUAUCAAUUUUAUCUGGACAGUAAGUUGACCAACGGAUAAUGCUAGGGGGUUGGUGGAUAGUACCGAUGCGGGGACGCUUGCUGAGCUGUUGCCUCUGAGUCCUGUAGGAAAGAGACUUGAGAAGCAAACGUGUGUUCUCUUGCCACACAAUUCGUUGUCUGGAUCAGUGAAAUCAAUAUGGCGCUACUUUGCGUGACUUUGUCAAUUAUCAAAUUUAUCACGGAAAAGAGUCUGUUUUAUACUUUGUUAGAAAUUAACCAUUUGUUUAACAACAACAUUCCUCUUUUUAAAAUAAAGUACUUUUGAUACAACCUUUUAAAA